AUGGAUCGUUGCUGGAUUGACCGCGGAAUCGACAUCAAAUGCGCGAACAUCUUCGCAGAUCAAGGAGCUGCGAACGAAAAGCGCAAGACUAAGAUCGUUUGCACGCUCGGACCCGCGUGUUGGAGCGUGGAGAAUUUGUUGAAGCUGAUAGACGCGGGCAUGGACGUAGCGCGAUUCAAUUUCUCACAUGGCGAUCACGCCUCGCACCAGGCGUGCUUGGACCGGCUGCACGAAGCGAUGAAGCAGCGUCCGCACAAGCGCGUCUGCUUGAUGCUGGACACGAAGGGUCCCGAGAUUCGCACGGGCGACUACGAAGACGGAAUUUCGAGCUGCGAGUUCAAAAAGGGCGAGAAGCUGCGCAUCGUGACCGACUACGGGUUCAAAGGAAACUCGGCGUGCAUUGCGACGACGUACAAGAAGCUUCCGACGACAGUGAAAAAAGGCGCCGUGAUUUUGAUCGCAGACGGGUCGCUUUCGGUAGAAGUGACGGCGUGCGGACCGGACUACGUCGACACGCUGAUUUUGAACAACGCGAAGUUCGGUUCGCGUAAAAACAUGAACUUGCCGGGCGCGAAAGUGGAGCUGCCGGUGUGCGGCGAGCGCGAGAUCAAUGACAUUACGAAGUUCGGGCUGCCAAACUUGAUGACCUCCAUUGCCGUGUCUUUCGUUCAGUCGCCGCAAGACGUGCUCGACUUCCGCAAGCAGCUGGGCGAGAAAGGCAAACACAUCAUGAUCAUUCCGAAGAUCGAGAACGCGGAGGGCGUGAGAAACCUCGAGAAGAUCGUGGAGGUUUCGGACGGUAUCAUGGUGGCGCGCGGAGACCUCGGCAUGGAGAUUCCGCUGUCAAAGGUGUUUUUGGCGCAGAAGCACAUGAUCGACCUGUGCAACAAAGCCGGCAAGCCGGUGAUCGUCGCGACGCAGAUGCUCGAGUCCAUGAUUUCGAACCCGCGGCCUACGCGCGCGGAGGUCGGCGACGUGGCGAACGCAGUGCUCGACGGCGCGGACGCGGUGAUGCUUUCGGGCGAAAGCGCGAACGGGCUCUUUUUCGACCGCGCGGUGCAGUACCUGGAACAGACGUCGUACGAGGCAGAGUGUUGCUUCAACUACGCGGUGUAUUACAACACGAUCGCGCUGCAGCUGCCGCCGACGAACCCGUUGGAGAACUUGGUUUACAACGCGGUGCGCGUGGCGUACGGCGCGCAGUGCGAAGCCAUGAUCACGGUCACGAACUGCGGCACGACGGCGCAGUUGAUGGCGAAAUUCCGCUCGAGCCAGCGCGUGAUUGUGGGCACGACAUGCGAUUGUUGCGAGCGGCUUUGGGUUCGGGCUUGA